UAUAAAAGAAAGCAGCUCCAACUCUCUGCAGAAAUCUGAACAUCCUGUACAAAGAAGCUUCAGCAGCUCCUCAUCACACUUUGAGACUUAAAGCUCCAACAUGAUCUUGCUCCUCUUCCUUCUCGGUCUUGCUCUGGGUGCUCCUUCUGAGUCUCCUUCUGAUGACAAUGAAGUGAAGCUACAACUUGAUGACCGAGCAGUGAAGCUCCUGAGAGGAAACUGUCCCACGUAUUGGUGGAGCUUCAACGGCCGCUGCUAUAAGUAUGUAGCUACACCAAAGAGCUGGUCUGAUGCAGAGUUCUACUGUUUGUCACAGGGAGCCCACCUGGUGUCUAUUCACAACAUGGCGGAAGAUAACUUUGUCAGAUCCUUGAUCAGGAACUCCGACCCUGAUGAGAGGGCCACCUGGAUUGGACUCAGUGACAUCCACAGUGAGGGCAGAUGGAUGUGGUCUGAUGGCUCUGUGGUAGACUUUUUUAACUGGAAAAAAGGCGAGCCAAACAAUAGAGGAAAUGAAGACUGUGUUACAAGAAACUAUCGUAAAAUUAAGCAGUGGAAUGACUGGCCAUGUUCUUCUAGUUGUGCCUCUGUUUGUUUAAAGCACAAAGUCUGUGCUUAGAAAUUAAGAUACUAAUUCAGCAAGGACAUGCUAUGGUGACAUGCAUGUGGCACGAUACAGAAAGCAAUGUAAACGUUUAUGUCUGUAUAUAAAUAGCAAAUCACUGAACUUUAACAUGAAUGCCUAUUCAGUCAUACUAAUAAAUUUACAC